AGGGUACCAACCAAUCGUUUCUGCCCAAAUUUGAUUGUUUUCUUCCUGCCCUGCUCUCAAAGCGACUGCGCGAAACAACCUGCUGUUCCACAGGAAUACAGACACACAAAUAAGUGGACAUUUUAAGUCAUCUAAAAUAAAAAACCCGGUGUUGGUCACAAAGUUUCUUGAAAUAGAAAACAAAUAAAAAAUUUUAAUUAUCGGGAAGAAAAUUGAAAGAAAAGUUCAAGAAAUAAAUUCAAAUAUUUUUGCAAUUAAACUCCACAAAGUGUUUUGUUAUUAAAAUCAAAGAAAUAGUGGUGGUUUUUUCGGUGACCGUGUAAGAAAAGUUAUGUGUUUGAUGUUGAAGAAAUCUUUUAAAAAAGUUGUUUAUCAAAGGUCUGAAUGAAAUAAGAAAUAUGUAAUAAAUACUACAGAUUCUUAAUGGAAAGCAUUCUGUGUUAAUCAAGUGGUUCGAGUAAAUUGAUAGCAACUGUCUCCUGUCUGCUUUCAAGAAUACAUGGGGAAUUCCUGAUAGCGAUUACCUGACCGAAUUAACAGGAUCCUCCUACAAAUCUGCCCGCUUUUAAGACAUUAUUCUAAUUGUGUUCUUGUUGUAUUCAUGGGAAAACUUAUUCAAAGAUGUCUCAGAAGAAUAGCUGCCGUUUGUGUGUGAAGUGGUGCGAAUAUGUUAAAAAUCUCUACGAUGAGAGUGGUCAACCAAAUGCCUUGUAUGAAAUCAUCGCUAAAUACUUUCAUCCUACGGUUUUAAAUAUCGAAAAAUACACCUAUUUGACGGGCAUUUGCCGCCAAUGUUGGAUACACAUUAAAGUAUUUACCGGUUUUCAAAGAACCAUUAAAGAGGCCCAAGCGAUUCUCCUUGACUCCUGCCCGGAAGAUACAAAUGAAACCAAAUUGGAAACACACUUUGAAUAUGGAAGUAAUAGAGAAGACAUACAAUUUAUUAUUACCUCCUCCGAUCUCAAUAUUAAAGAUGAGUUUGGUGAGGAGCCAGCGGGAGAAGGUUCAGGGUCAAUUGGGGAAGAAUAUCUGGAAGAUGAUUGCAGUUCCUCAAAUGCAAUGAAAGGGCCCCAGCAAUAUGGGGGCGAUGAGACAAAUGUCAUCAACAUAGAAGAAUUUACGGAUGAGGCUGGUGGCCAUUUUGAGAAUGAGGAAGGAGAAGCUAUCUUGCUGGAUAAUAACAAUGAAAAUGAAGUCAAUGAAAUGGAGUUGCUACAUUUACAAAAUGAAUAUGAACAACAGCAUUUAGAUGAGAUAAAUGCCGCUGAAUAUCCCGCAAAUAGUUUUUCACAGGUGCAACAGAAUGCCCAUGAAAUGUCCACUAAAAGUCAUGUGCCACAGGAAUUGUAUACUGAUGCCUGGAGUGGGGAAAUUGUUGCCGAACAUUUACCAUUUGUUGAGGAUGGCUCGCAGCAGCCGCACUACACCAACGAAGGCCAGGAAUUCUUUAAUAAUUCAACAACAACACCAGAUACAGGACAAACCAGUGAUGAUAGCCCCUCAAUUGUUCUACUUAAGGAUGAGUAUCAGUUGGAACCUGCCAUGAUUUUUAAAUGUAAAUUUUGUGGCUAUUUUUGGAAAACCAAAAAGGAGUUGAAGACACAUGUAAUGCAACAGCACAGAGAUCAAUUAUAUAAAAAUAAAAAAUCCAAUACCACGCCGCAAAUAACGACAGCCACCAGCUCCGCCUCCACCUCCACUUUCACAAACAACGCAAGUCUUUUACAACCACCCAAAGAGCGGCCAACACAACAUACAAAUGAGAGACGAAAUAACCAAGGAACUCUAUUAAAACGUAGCCACCAACAUCCUGCCCACACACAACACCGGCCAAAGCGACACAUACUCAAUAAAGACAUAACUGUGAGAGUUGAGGGUGCAAAACCCAUUGACGAUUUCAAGCUAUUGCAGCUGGAGUGUAAAUCCUGCACGAAAUGUUUUAAUAGCGAACAAGAAUUCAAUAGUCAUCCAUGCCUGCGUACCGUUAUUAAGCCUCGCAUUGCUGUGGGCAAGCGGACAUUUAAGCUACCGCCAGCAGCUACAAAAAUGUUACAAAAUAAGCCACAAUCUUCUUCGUCUAGCACGACGAAUGGCCCCUCAUGGAUCUACGCUUGUUCAUUUUGUACCAAGUCGUAUUCAACAUUUAGUGAACUAAAUAGUCAUCGGGAAAGAGAACAUCCCCUGGAGAGAAAUACAAAAUAUCUUAAAAUACUGCGAUAAAAUUGUAUUUCAUUUUUUUUUGUUUCAAUAAUUCGCAUUUUUGGAAAUUGUUAAUUUCCCUUUUUUUAGUUAAAAUGUAAUAAAAAAAUUAUGCAAACACUAUUUUUCUAUAAAA